CGGAAAUAUUCAAGAAGAAAUGUUGUUUUGUCAGUCUUUGCCAGCAAGAAAAACUGGAGAGGAGAUUUUCAAAGCUGCUGACAAUUUCAUGAAAGAAAAUGAAAUAGAUUGGAAGAAAUGUGUAGGAUUGACAACUGAUGGAGAACGAGCAAUGUCAGGCAUUCAUAUUGGUUUCGUCGCCAAAGUUAAGACAGUUGCUCCCUUGGCUCAAUGGACGCAUUGUAGCAUACAUAGAGAAGCUCUUGCAGUAAAAGGCUUGGACGCGUCUUUAAAAAAAACUCUUGACGACGCAGUGAAAAUCGUGAACUUUAUCAAAGCAAGACCUAAAAACUCCAGACUGUUUAGUGUUUUGUGCGACGAAAUGGGCGCUGAACACAAGCAACUUUUGCUUCAUUGUGAAGUUCGAUGGCUCUCGAGAGGAAAAGUUUCGACAAGGUUAUUCGAACUCCGCGAUGAACUCUUGAUUUUCCUAACGGAUGGAGUAAAUGAUGGAAAAAUAGCAAGUUCCCAUUUAGACUGCAUAACUGAUGAAAAUUGGUUAAAACGAUUGGCCUAUUUGGCAGAUAUUUUCAAUUCCCUCAAUGUUCUGAAUUUAACUCUGCAGGGCAAGGAUUGUCAUAAGUUUUUUGUGCAAGACAAAAUCGAAGCUAUGAUAAUUAAACUUCAGAGAUGGGCUCGAAAAGUAGACCAAGGUUCUUUUGAUGCGUUUCCUACUUUGCAUGACUUUAUUGAGACCAACGAAAUUAAAGUCGAUAGAAAAACAGCUGCAACCAUAAAAGAUCACCUCAACGCUAUGGCCUCUAGCCUCAGGCACUUCUUCCCUAAAAUUGAGGAUGAAAUUCAGUGGAUCAGAAAUCCCUUUGAAGAGAACUACCUUUCCAAACUGAAAUUAUCUUCAAGUGAAGAAGAUUCAUUAAUUGAACUAUCAUGUGACCAAUCUUUAAAAUCGCUUUUCAAAACAACACCAUUGGUCCCGUUUUGGAUAAACGCUCAGCAAGAAUAUCCAGUUAUUGCCAAAAUUGCACUCUCACACUUGAUGGGGUUUUCUACAACUUAUCUUUGUGAACGAGCUUUUUCAACUUUACUAUUUUUGAAGAAUAAAUACAGAAACAAACUGAAUGUUGAGAGCGAUUUGAGAUUAAAACUGUCUGGUUUCAAUCCAGACAUUGAAUUGCUGGUGGAAGACAAACAGUAUCAAAAAUCCCAUUAAGAAUCUUUUGACUUUUAAUACUUGUUUUUGACUUUUUUACA